CACCUAGCCCCGCCCCUUCGGUCACUGUGUUUUGGGCCAGCGAUAUUUCUGUGUCGAUGUUUCUGAGAUCAGAGCCGUUUUUGCGUUUCUGGACCCUAGAGCGGGCGCGCGCACGCACAGCGCUCAACCUACGUGCACAGCCGCCUCGAGAGCGCGCCGUUAGCGUCUGUUAGCAUUUACCUGUUUACUGCAACAAAACCACUCCUGAUGGACUGACAACGUCUCCAGAGGUACACAGCUGUUUAGGUGAAGGGCUAUGGCGGACCAGCGCGGCUCGCCUGAGCUCUCCCAGGAGGCCCGAACACCUCCAGGCGUCUCGCUCACGGAUCACGACUCCGGCGUGGAAGAUGGAGACGAUGGAUCCACCAACUCCACAAUCUAUGUUGCUUUCACAGGGAACAUGAAUGACGAGGACUUUCAGGAGAAGCUGGACACCGUCUUACACGGGAUGCCUGAUGUGCUCUUACUAGGUACGAAGAAGCUGGAGCCCGAGCGCGUGGAGCCGUGGAACAGUGUGCGGGUCACGUUCAACAUCCCCAGAGAGGCGGCCGAGCGACUGCGCCUCCUGGCCCAAAACAACCAGCAGCAGCUGCGCGACCUGGGCAUCCUCUCGGUGCAGAUCGAAGGUGAAGGUGCUAUCAACGUUGCGGUUGGACAGAUCCGAGGCCAAGAAGUAAGGGUUAAUGGACCCCUCGGUGCGCCUGGUCAGAUGAGAAUGGAUGUUGGCUUCCCCAUGCAGCAGGGCCAGGCUGGAAUGCGAAUGAAUAACCCUUCGGUGUCCAUGAUGCCCCCGGGGGCUAAUAUGGCACCACAGGGAAUGGUACCGAACAGUGGUGGACAGAUGCAACCAAGAGCACCAAGACCGCCUUCACAGACAGACACAAUGGACCCCAUGCUGUCAGGGCUGGCCUUACAGCAACAGCAACAACAACUCCAGCAUCCCCAAGUGGGACAUGUUCAACUCGGCAACUUAGGCCCACAGGGACAUCACAUACAAGCCAUGCAAGCAAAUCGACAAUUAAAUCCAGCUGCCCUACAGCAACUUCAACAACAGCAGCAGCAGCAGCACCAACAACAGCAGCAGGUUCAGCUGGCUCAACUAAGUGGUGCACGUGGUCCAUUUAACCCCUCUAACCAGAUGCCUGUACCUCCUGGCUGGAACCAGUUGCCCUCUGGUGUUCUCCAGCCACCACCUGUCCAGGGUCCCAUGGGACCAGGUUGGAGGAAAGCCCCCCCACAGCCACAAAUGGGGCAGCGUCCACCCUCUUUGGCAUCGGUUCAGACCCCUAAUCAUCCACCACCACCAUAUCCAUUUGGAAGCCAGCAGGCUGGACAGGUUUUCAAUACAAUGACACCACUUCAGUUGCAACAACAACAACAGCAGCAACAGCAGCAGGCAGGGGUAAACCAGUUUGCCACCCCUCAGCCCAAAGGCCCUCAGGGAGCACCAGGUGUAGUCAUCUCAAGAGCACCUCCUCCUCUGCCUCCUUCCUCUGCCACGCAAGGCAAUCUUGCAGCUAAGUCCCCUGGGUCGUCGUCAUCUCCUUUCCAACAGGGCUCCCCUGGAACUCCUCCAAUGAUGGGACAGGGACAGGGGCAGCUUGGCCCACGUCCCACAACCCCCCAGGGGUUCCCACAAGGUGUUGGAUCUCCAGGGAGAGCUGUGAUGGGACAACCAGGAAACAUUCAACCAGGCUUUAUGGGCAUUCCUCAACAUGGGCAGGUUUCUCAAGGUGGUAUGGGAGGUAUGCCCAAACGAAUGCCAAUGGGGUUCCCAAAUGCUAAUCAUAACUUUGCACAAGGACAGGUUACUACCACUGGAGCUGGUAGUACACCCCAAUUACAAGUGACAAACACUGGUGUCCAGUCUUCAGCCUCAGGGCCAAACCACAUGCAGUCAAAUCCCCUUCAAGGAGCUGUAAUGACCCACCACACUGGCAUGCCAGCACAACCCCCAGGCACCACUGCGGGUGGAAGUAUGGGGCAACCUCAGCAAGGGCUUCAGACUCAAAUGAUGGGUGUACCACAGACCCAACAUCAAACACAGGCAGUAGUUUCCUCACAAAGUCAACUUGUACAAAGCCAAACAGGGGGCCAGACUGUUCUGUCCAGGCCAGUGAAUCCAGGGCAACGUGGAAUGACUCCCCCCAAGCAAAUGAUGCCACCACAGGGUCAAGGGAUCAUGCAGAACCAAAACCAACACAGUGGAGGACCAGGACACCAGGCAUUAUUGCUUCAGCAGCAGCAACAACAACAGCAACAGCAGCAGCAGCAACAACAGCAAAAUGCUAUGAUGGAGCACAUUGUAGCUAGUCAGAUACAGAGACCAAAAGGUCAGCCUGGGGUAAUGCCAGGCCAGAUGAUGAGAGGUCCUUCACCCAAUAUUCAAGGUAAUCUGCCACAGUUUCAAUCUCAGAUGGGUCAGCAACAGAUGACUCCGCAACAGCAUCAGCAGCAACAACAACAACAACAAUUGGCUCAUUUGCAACAACAACAGCAGCAACAAUUGCAGCAACAGCAGCUACAGCAACAGCAGUUACAACAGCAGCAACUACAACUGCAACACCAACAGCCACAACAGUCACAAAUGCAACAACAGCAGCUACAGCAGCAGCAGCCACAUCAGCAAAUGGUACAACAACAGUCUCAACAAAUUCCAAUUAAUGGCAACCCCAACCAAGCAUUGGGAAUUCAUGGACCUCAAAUGCGACAUCCAGGAAAUCACCAUUUAGUACAGCAGCAGCAGCUUCAGCAAAAGCAACAGCAGGUGAUGCUGCAGCAGCAACAGGCUGGUCAGCAACAUCAACAUCAGCUCGGAGACGCCAGUGGGAAUCAGGAUGUCGGCCAACAGAUGGUUUCAGACCUGCAGAAUCAACAGCAGGGCAUGUUGGGUUCUCAACAUUUACAGGUUGGCAAUGGCCAUUUUCCUGGUCAUGGCAUGCCCUUCAAUCCUCAGUUUGCUGGUCAGAUGCAAAUUGGAGGCCCAUGUGGGCAAGCAGGUGGAUUUCCAGUGAACAAGGAUGUGACCUUAACCAGUCCCUUGUUAGUAAAUCUUCUCCAAAGUGAUAUUUCUGCCAGCCAGUUUGGUCCUGGUGGGAAGCAAGGAGCAGGUGGGGUUGCUGCUAACCAGGCUAAACCGAAGAAGAAAAAACCUCCUCGUAAGAAAAAGCCAAAAGUAGGAGAAGGACAACAGUCUGCUGAUGGUCUGUGUGGUCUGGAUUCAGUGCCUCAUGGUAUGGAUGAAGCAGAGAUGCAAGGGCUGGGUAGUGAUCAAGGGACUGGCCUUGACUCUAACUCCAAACACUCUGAAUUCGCAAAUCGACCUGGUCAGCCUGGUCAGUCUGGAGAUCAAAGGGUAUUACAGCCAAUGCAGUUCAUGCCCCCACAACAGCAGCAACAGAUGCAGCAAAUGCAACAGCAGCAGCAAAUGCAACAGCAGCAGCAGUUACAACAGCAGCAGCAACAAAUGCAGCAGCAACAGAUGCAACAGCAACAGAUGCAACAACAGCAUCAACAAAUUCAGCAGCUGCAAAUGCAAAGUAUGCAGGGUCCUCAAGGUCAAGCUGUAACAUCACAAGGACCCCAUCAUGCCCAGACCCAGAUUCAUUCGCAACAGUCAAUGCAGAUGCAGCAACAACAACAGCCACCACAACACCACCAACAACAACUGCAGUCACAGCCACAACAACAACAACAGACACCGCAGCAGCAACAGCAACAACAUCAGCAGCAGCAGCAGCAACAAAUGAUGAUGCUGAUUAAAAUGCAACAAGAAGCUAAGAAUCGAAUGCCACUACAGCAAGGUGGCCUCAUGCCAAAGGGUUUAGGCAAUCCCAAUGAUCCAUCUCAGAGAAUGCCUGUAUCGCAGCCGGGCAACAUGCCUGUAAUGAUCGAUCUUCAAGGGCAUGGAGGCGUUCCGCCUUCUCCUGAUAAGGCCAGAGGCAUGCCACUCAUGGUGAAUCCAUCUCUCACUGGAGCAGCGAGAAGGACACCCCUUUCAGAUGUUGGACAACCAACACCAUCAGAUGAAACCCCUGGAAACCACAGCUUGCAGGACCGGGGACCUCUUGAAAUUGGUCAACAGUCAGGAAAUGUAAAUCAACCAAUGAUUCCCAGCCAAGGUCCUAAUACUCAUUUAAUGAAAUCUGUGCCUUUAUCAGUGCCCCACCAGCCAGGAGCCAGUCCCCAACAGCAGUCUCAGCAAGUGACAGCAAUGACUAGCUCACAUAAUAUUCACUUUCCCAGUGCUCCUCCAACUUCCCAAAGUUCCCGCCCUAAAACCCCUAACCGAGCCAGUCCCCGACCAUAUCACCACCCCCUAACACCAACCAACCGUCCACCUAGUACUGAACCCUCUGAAAUAAAUCUGUCCCCCGAGAGACUGAAUGCCUCUAUUGCUGGCCUUUUCCCUCCAAAAAUUAACAUUCCUCUGCCACCGCGGCAGCCAAACCUUAAUCGAGGCUUUGAUCAGCAAGGUCUUAACCCAACCACCCUUAAAGCAAUUGGUCAGGCUCCACCAAGCUUAGCAACUAUUCCUGUCAACAAUAAUACCAGUGGCAACAAUAAUGGCCCACAGUCUUAUCCGUCAGGUGGUGGCAUAGGAAGCUCUGGAGGAAAACAAGACAAACAGACUGGUGUUGGGCAAGCUAAAAGGGCUAGUCCCAGUAAUAGUCGACGGUCCAGCCCUGCUUCAAAUAAAAAAGCUGCCACUCCAAGCCCAGGAAGACAGAAGGGUGCCAAGGCUUCCCUGACAGCACCUCCACAUCAGCAGCAAAUUAUGGUUAGUCAACAGAACAUGAUGGUUAGUCCCAACUCAGUGCUCCCAACUACCUCUGCAUCUUUACCAUCGGCAGGACCUGGAGAAUCACAACAGAGCUUACAUUCUGUGCAAACCCAACCUGGCAGUGCUGACACAGUCAGAGAUGGACAGUCAGAGCAGCAUCAGCCAGUUCAGUUAAGAGAGCAGUCCGCACCUAAAAUGGCAAGCCCUCGGGUGCCGUCUCAGGAGCCCAGACGGCAAGAGCCUAACAAUUUGGUUGAACAGCGUGCUGAAGAUAAACAACAACCUCGGGCAACACCACAACAUGACCUUGGUUCUGCUGUAUCGCCAGCAUUUAGAGAUGCUCCAACGUCUCUGAAUCAACUAUUGGACAAUACAGGGUCAAUGAAAUCUCAAAAUAAUCCUCAAGUGGGUGGAGACCCUGUGCAGAAAUUGAGUCCUCAUGCUCCCCUAGCUCAGGAGAACCAAACCAAUCCUGUUGUUUCACAAAGCACAAAUAUUGGCACGAGUGAAACGGAUCAAAAACCUAAAUCUGCUGCCGUAUCAAGUCCAAGUUUUGUUCCCAGUAGCAGUGCAAAUUUGCAGUCUGUCAGUGCUGUAUCAAGCGUUAGUUCAAACCAAGCUGUGCUGUUAAGCCUCACUUCAAUUCCCAACACUUCAGUAAGUUCCAGUCACAAUCUAAUACCCAUCUCAAAUCCAUCUCAAACAGUCUUGCAAAGGCCCAUCUCAUCAGCACCAACUCAACAAAACCAGAUCACAGUCUAUGUAACCUCCAAUCCCAUUAGCUCUGCUACCAACACUGCUUCUGUAGUUCCUUCAGCUAUUGUUUCCAAGGUACUGGCAGUUCCCAAUAAAAACAUAAGACCUCCAGAUAUUCGACAACAAAAUCCUGCACAAACGCGUCCACAGUUCAUCACAGGACCUGUGUAUUCCAUAUUUCAAGCUACGUCCGUACCAUCAAGCACUAACGUCAUGUCUCAGCCUGUCACAAUGGUUGGUCCCAUAGUCUCUGCCAAUAUCCAGCUUACUCCUACCUCUGUGUCAACUACAUCCCCCUCCGCACUUGCAUCGACACCUGUGCCGACAAGCUCACCCGCCGUCAGCGUUGCUGCUACUCAGCAGAGCCGCACUGUCAUCGGGCAGCUUCAAGUUCAAGUACCUUUAAGCCAGGCUUCCACUGUUAGUGUCGUACCACCAACUCAACAGCCAAGUCCUGGUGUCUGUGAUGCCAGUGGCUCGAAACCUAGUCCUGUUGGGCAGUCAUCCUUACAUCCUGGAAUGUCCUCUCCUUCUUUUCAACAGCGUUUAGCCUCUCCACCUGCUUGCUCUAGCCCAGGGGCUACAGCUGUUUCCCGCAGAAGUCCCCUCUCACCGACAACAGUCUUAGCCAAAAGCAGUUCGGUCCAGACUGUUGUAAGCAAAAAUACUACACUCGCCGUCUCUUCAAGCAGUGACGAUGAUAAAAAAGUGCGAACCCCUGCCACUCAGUUAGGAAAAACUGUGGAUGUUGCCACAACACAUGCUGCUUGUGUGGUUGCAUCUGAAACGGUUUCUGCACUCCAGCCGCCUGCCCCAGUGGCUGUUCCAGCUGCUCAAAUAUCUCCGCAAUCUGCACCUCCUCCAAAAGUGUCUUCGCCCUCUCCUUCUCCAGUCCUUACUUCGACACCAACGUCUAAUAUGCCACCGCCAGCCUCUACCUCUGGAGUGCUUCACCUGUCCAGCCCUGUUGCUAAUUCUUCGCCACCCUCUAGUUUGCCUACAGUUUCGGUUGCUGCAUCUGCUCCAGGACCUUCCACUACAUCUUCUGGCACCUCCACAGCAACGUCCCCUCAGCUCUCUGUGGAACAGCAGCCGCCUUCACUGGUGGAGACUAGUGUACCCGACUCCGCUGAAACUAAAGAAGCAAUUGUUGAUGCUUCUAGCGUCUCAGCUCACCCUGAAGCCGCACAAGAAGACCAAGCUUCAUGUGACCAAGCUGUUACAGGUCAAGGGGUUACUACCACUGCAGCAGAGCAAGGAUGGGCAAAGAAAAGAAAGACGCCCGUCAACUUAGCCCCAAGGGACACGAGAGCCACCGCUGAGAAAGCGAAAGGUCCUAGUCGACGGAGCUCACGGACAGACAAGGAACCCGAGGAGGAAGCGUCUGACAACGGACAGAGGAAACGAGCUGCUAGGCCAGGGUCAGCCUCAUCUAACUUAGGAAAAGGUACAGAAUCAAACACUGGAGCCAGUCCCACCCAGGCAAAACGAAGGAAGUCAAAGUAAUCAUGACACGCAAAUAAACCUGUGAAUUGUACAUUAUUUUUUUGUCUCUGAACGCGUUUUAUCUGCUGUUUUUCCCUUUUGGUCUUGAGCAAGAUAACCAUGUACAGAAAGUUGUCUCUUUCUUUCUUUUUUUAAUCAUGAUACUGUAUUUUGUCCUUGGCUACUAGAUGAGAUGAUGUUUAGAAUUGUGUAUGAUGUGUAUGUCUUUGUUUCGGUGUGACUUUUUUUAUUAUUAUUAUUAUUAAUAUUGAUAAAUUCUAGAUUAAUCAUGUGAUGCAGACUAAGAAUAGAAUCAUGUCUGUAGUAUCACAAUAUAAUAAUGUGACGGAAUGAGAAUUUUUACUUCCCCACUAUGACUUGUAUAACAAAUUAACUGUAUUUCAAUGCUGUCAGCACCAAUGUUCACCCGUUUAGCCCCGGAUCACAUGCAUUAAACUAUUUUUACAAGUGUA